AUGGAAAGUGGUCAGAAGGAAUGUGUGGAAGCCGUCUGGAUCAUAAGCAAAGUGACGCUCCAGACCGGAGAGGCAGUCAGUAAAGACACCUGCAGGCUGCGACCCGGCUUCUGUUCUGAGUCAGAGUUUAAACAUUUAGCAGAGAGCCUCAUGCAAGAUAUCCGCGGUCUGCAGGGUUUCCUGGACCAGACGUCUCGUCAGGGUGUGGACGUGGCUCUGCAGAGAGUGGACAGGAACAUCAGCAAAGUCUUCACCAACCUCUUCACCACCAUGAGGACGGAGGAGCUCAAUAAGUACCGGGACACCCUGCGCCGAGCCAUCCUGCUGCUCAGCCCCCACGGAGCGCACACGUUCAUCCAGCAGGCGGUGGAGACAAACCUGGCCUCCAAGGACAGUCACUGGGUGUUCGUCAAUGAGGAAAUCAGCGACACAGAGAUCCUGGAGCUUACCCACAGUGCACUGGGGCGCAUGACGGUGAUCCGACAGAUCUUCCCGUUGUGGAGGGACAGCAGCACCCGAUGCAUGAGGCAGAACCACCGGAUCUCGUCUCUGCUGUGCGACCCACAGGAGGGGUACCUGCAGAACCUGGAGGUGUCUAACCUCUACCUGUACGACAGCGUGCUCAUGCUCGCCAACGCCUUCUACCGGAAGCUGGAGGACAGAAAGUGGCACAGCAUGGCCAGCCUCAACUGCAUCAGGAAGUCCACCAAGCCCUGGAACGGGGGGUGGUCCAUGCUGGAGACGAUCCAGAAGGGGAACAUCACGGGUCUGACGGGCACCAUGGAUUUCAAGGACGGCGGCUCCAACUCGCACGUCCAGUUUGAGAUCCUGGGCUCCAGUUUCAGCGAGACCUUCGGCAAAGACAUCAAGAGGCUCGCCACGUGGGACUCGGUUCACGGGCUGAACGGCAGUCUGAAGGAGAGUCGGAUAGAGAACGGCAUGCAGGGAGUCACGGUCAAAGUGGUGACGUUACUGGAGGAUCCGUUCGUCAUGGUGGCGGAGAACAUCCUCGGGCAGCCGAAGAGAUACAAAGGUUUCUCCAUCGACGUGUUGGACGCUCUCGCCAAAAUCCUGGGCUUCAAAUAUGAGAUCUACCAGGUGGCCGACAGUAAAUAUGGAUCACAGCUACCAAACGGCUCGUGGAACGGCAUGAUCGGUGACCUCAUCAACAAGAGAGCCGACCUGGCCGUGUCCGCCAUCACCAUCACCCCCGAGCGGGAGAACGUGGUCGACUUCAGCAAGCGUUACCUUGACUACAGCGUGGGCAUCCUGCUGAGGAAACCCGAAGAGAAGAUCAACAUCUUCUCUCUCUUCGCGCCCUUCGAUCUCGCCGUCUGGGCCUGUAUCGCCGCCGCCAUCCCCGUGGUGGGAGUGCUCAUCUUCCUGCUCAACAGGCUGCAGGCGCUGCGCUCCUCCUCCUCCCAGAAUGCACCACCGGGACAGAACUCCAACGGCGUGGGGUCGGGGACUCUGAACAGCGCCAUCUGGAUUGUUUACGGAGCGUUCGUACAGCAAGGUGGGGACGGCGUGGUCAGCUCCGUGGCUCUCCGGAUCGUCAUGGGCAGCUGGUGGCUCUUCACGCUCAUCGUGUGUUCAUCGUACACCGCCAACUUGGCAGCGUACCUCACCGUGUCACGCAUGGACCACGCAAUAAA